GAAUAAAAUCGAAAUCCUAUGGACUAAACAAAGCCGCGCGCACCAGAAGAUAGAACAGUGUCGUCUCUGCUGCCCUAGCGAUUCGGGUACCUCGCGAGUUCUCGCUACUUCGAUUAUCACCAUUUUUCUUGAAUUUGUUCAUGGUAUUAAUGAUUAUAAAGGGGUUGUUUAGAAGGUAUGAGAGAUGGAAUCCUGUGCAUCCUACAUCGGGAGCUUUUUGGGGCAUGGGAAUAGGUGUUGGGUGUGGAAUUGGAUGGGGUCCGGGGUUUGGCCCUGAUGUCAUUGGAUAUGUUGGUGCCGGUUGUGGAGUCGGAUUUAGUGUCGGAAUCACUCUUGCCGGAGUCGGAAUCGGUCUUCCGGCUAAUCGCCUCCUCAAAGUUCCUUUUAGUGCUUUUAUGGCGACAAGAAGCGGUGCAAUGGACUUUGCUCGAUCUAAUGGUCUUCUUGGGACAAGCAGUGUUAACGAUGAUACAUCGGGCAUGGAAAGGUGGGUGUCUACCUUCAACCAUGAACAAUCGGUAGACAAAAGGGUAAAAUUUUUGGGUAUGAAUAGAUUUAUGUCUUCUCAAGCUAAGUUAGUUUUAGGUUAUUUUGAUGAACUCAAAACUCGCAUUAUUGACAAUAAGAAAAAUGCAUAG